GCUCCCAGGAAUCAGAGCUCCUUCAGCCCGGCCAUGGACAAGCUCAGGGGAAGCAAGCGCGAGUCGGGGCCACCCCCUCCACCCCCCAGAUGUGUAGGUGAGGCCAGUCUCAUCAGUCCCCUGUCCAGAUUCCCCAGCCUGGAACAAAGAUGCCCCCAGCCCAUCUCCUCGGCCCGCCCGGGGGACCUGGAGACUCGAGCCCAGGAGGAGGAGGAAGAUGAGGAAGAUAAAUAUGAGCUGCCACCCUGUGAGGCUCUGCCCUUCAGUCUUGCCCCAGCCCACCUUCCUGACACCGAGGAAGAGGACUCUUUGUACUUAGAUCACCCUGGCCCCCUGGGCCCUUCCAAGUCACCACCACUGCAGCCCCAGGCCACAACGCUGAAGGCGGUCCUGAGCCUGCGGGAGGCUAGGAAGCAGGGACAGCCCUUCCCCGUGGGGAAGCAAGAGCUGGCUACACCGGCCAGAGUGGUGCCAGGCCUUCCAAAGAAAUCUGAAGAGAACCUCUACCUGGAGUGUGAGCCCAGUCCAGUCCUGGCCUUGACUCAGAUUCUGAGCUCCCAAGUCCUGACACCCCCAAUCUCUCUGCCAAGGGUAUCAUUGGUGCCCAGGCCCACAGUAACCCCCCAGGAAGCUCAGAAUGGAGCAGCGAAUGCCACCCCUAAAGGAAGGAGAGCCUCUCUUUCCUCUAGAGCACCCACCUGGAGCACCUCAGCUGCUGAGGACGGCAGCCUGCUGGGUCAGCCCUGGUACUCAGGAAACUGUGACCGCCAUGCCGUUGAGAGUGCCCUGCUCCGAUUCCAAAAGGAUGGGGCCUACACUGUGCGCCCCAGCUCAGAGCCUCAUGGCUCCCAGCCCCUCACCCUGGCGGUGCUUCUCCAUGGCCGGGUCUUCAACAUUCCCAUCCGGCGGCUGGAUGGUGGGAGCCACUAUGCCCUGGGCCGGGAGGGCAGGAACCACGAGGAGCUGUUCCCCUCCGUGGCAGCCAUGGUCCAGCACUACACACAGCAGCCCCUGCCCCUUGUCGACAGACACAGCCGCCGCCGUCAGCUCACCUGCCUGCUCUUCCCCACCAAGUCCUGACGCCCCGGCGCACUGCACGCACCCACCUCGGGCCCCGUAGUUUGCUCUCUGCCCUGGCCACCUUGGGCUGUCGCCCUCUCACCUCUCCCAGGUCUCCACCCCUCCAGGCCCUUCUCUUCCCUUGCCCCAGUCCCUGCAGGCCUGGAGGAGAGGCUUCGGGGAAAGGUUGCCCAGAAGCAGAAAGAACGGGCGCCUGGGUGGCUCAGUUGGUUAAGCGACUGCCUUCGGC